AUCUUUUAGGAUGGGCCAAAAAAUUUUGGCAUGGGGCCACUUUUUGCGUUUUGUGAACUAAACGGGGGGCAAAAUUUUUUGGCAGAUGUGCAAUUACUGUUCACCCAUGGACGAGUAGUACCCCUCACCCUGCUCCUCGUCGCUCCACCAAAAUCCCCAACACAGCCGCUCGCCCCUUCGUUCGUCCCACCGCUGCUGCAUGCCAUCCCUGACACCGCCCCCUCCCAGAUCGACCCCCUCCUCCCCUACGCUCGCCCUCCUUCUCUCAGCCGCCUCUCGCCCUCCCUAAAAUAGCCAGCCGCCGCUCGCUGUCCGUGAGACCCCCGCCGCCCAGAUCCAGCAGGUUCUGCUGCUCCGGCAUUCGUUGCUCAUAGCGGAGCCGCCCGUCGUCUCUCACACCGCCGCCGCCCAACUCCAAUUCUUCCACCGCUUGUGUGGUCGUCCCUCCCCCGCCGACACACGUCAUCCCUCCAACCGCCGCCGCCCACCCUUCCGAUUCACCGUCGGUGCCCAGAUCCGCCUUCAUUCCCGUGAUGGCCAGCUACGGGGGCGGCUACAAUGGCAACGAAGGCGGCAAAGGCCACGAUGACGACGUGUACGGCCACGACGGCUGCACCAAGGACUUCCUUGCGUCCGGGCCUUGGUGCGCACGCCGAGGGGGCGCGGUCGGCGCUGACGCGGCGCAUCCCCCGCCUGAUUCCUCUAGCGGCAACACCUCCCGGGUGCGGUUCGAGUCGCUCGACCUCAACGACAGCGACGGGUGGCCAGAAAUGGCUACGUACGCGGGCAUGCUGCAGGCCGACGACGACAACAUCGAAAUUCCUCCACCGCCCGUUCAAGUUCCUCCCCGGCGAAUAUCUCGCACCCUCGGAAUCCGGCCCACUCGCAGUGCGGGGGGAGGAGGAGUACAAGGCGCGGCCGCUGGAGGAGGACGAGCAGGGGCCGCAAGCGCUGGAGGAGGAGUCGCAGGCGCAGUCGUCGGAGGAGGAGGCGUGGCCGUGAGCGCACGGCCUGCAUCACGCGCAUCAGUGUGCCACAAUGUCUCGGACCUUGCGGCCGAGCACUCCGAUGCUAACGACGGUAUUCCGGUUAGGAAAGAUAAGGCAAAUUGGUCAGCGAGAAAUACUCGCACCUUCUGUUCCAUCUGGUGCCAUCAAAUGGACAUAGGAAACUGUGUUCGCGGUAUUAUGCAAAAAAAUGGCUGGAGGGACAUCAUUAAGAGGUACUUCCAAGCCACUGGUUUAGUUCACAACAGGGAGCAAUUCAUGGGGAGACACAGGCAGCUUAGGAAGCAAUGGGCAUUCUGUAAUAAGCUUCGCUCCAGCUCUGGCUUAGGGAGGAACCCUGAUGGGACUGUUGUCGCCGAAGAUGAUUGGUGGGCUGCCAACACCAAGGGACAUCCCGAUUGGAAGAAGUUCAGGAAAGGCUUGCCUGAAUAUUUGCCUGAAAUGGACAGAAUGUUUGAGGGUGUUGCAGUGGAUGGUUCUACAUCCUUUGUUGCGACUGCCGACCAGCCUGUAGAGUGUGACAGCUCUGAUGAAGCGGAUGAUGAUGAGGACGACGAUGAGCUGACUCCUCUUAGUGUCGACAACAAAAGGACAAGCAGCACGAGCACCACAGCCUCGAGUCCAAGUAAGAAGUCUAGGAGUCCAGCAGUGAGGGUAAUGGACAGAAACAUGAGUGAGUACAACGAAAUUUCAAGGAACAAACUCAGUGUCCUGCAGACCAUGAUGCAAGUAAAGCAGGAUGCUAUGCAAGAAGAACGCAAAGCUAUUGAGCGGAAGGUGGCAAAGGUUAACGAGCUGGGAAAGGAGUGUGGGGUAACUCCCUCUGAGACCCCAACAUUGUUCAUGGGUGUCCUCGAAAUCAUCAAGUAUCAAAGUGUGAUGGACUUGUUCAUUGUCACCGAGCCUGAAGGAAGGAUGCUCAUCAUCAAGAAAUAUGCAGGGGAUGAUGACCAAUCAGGUUAUGUAGAGGAUGAUGACCAAUCAGGUUAUGAGGAGUCGCGCCGUCGGCUUAAGCGUUGGGAGGAUGAGAUAGACGAGUUGAUCAUUGCAUUGAUGGAUGAUGAUGACGACGGUUAUGUGUACGGUAUGUACAAGUAUGCCAUGCACAUUGACAAGCAUUUGACUAGAGCUGAGUAUAGGCAACCUGCCAUGACUGGUUUGGAAUGGGUACAUAAAAAACUUGGGGAUAGAAAGGCCUGUUAUAACAUGUUUAGAAUGAGUCCAACUAUGUUCCUUCGCCUGCAUGAUCUAUUGGUACAGUCGUAUGAGCUUAAAUCUAGUAGCAAGUCAACCUCGGUUGAGGCACUUACGAUGUUUCUUUGGAUGGUUGGUGCCCCACAAUCUGUUAGACAAGCUGAGGACAGAUUUGAGAGGUCAAUGGGGACUGUAAGUAGGCUGUUUAACAAAGUUUUGCAGUCUGUCAUCAAGCUUGCCGUUGAUGUCAUAAAGCCGGCUGACCCACAAUUCACAACAAUGCAUCCAAGACUGAGGAACCGUAGGUUCUUUCCCUACUUCAAGGAUUGCAUAGGGGCUAUAGAUGGGACUCAUGUACCUUGCGUGGUGCCAAGUAACAAGUUUGUGCAGCACUUGUGCCGCAAGGGCAUGACAACACAAAAUGUGAUGGCUGUCUGUGACUUUGACAUGAGGUUUACAUUUGUACUAGCUGGAUGGCCAGGUUCGGUACAUGACAUGAGAGUAUUUGAUGAUGCCCACACAACAUACACCCAUGUGUUUCUACAUCCACCUACAGGGAAAUAUUACCUUGUCGACUCUGGGUACCCUAACCGGCCAGGUUGCCUUGCUCCUUACAAGGGAACCAAGUAUCAUCUUUAGGAGUAUCGCGAUGCCCCUGAACCACAAGGUAAGGAAGAGAACUUCAACUAUGCACACUCAUCUCUUAGGAAUGUCAUUGAAAGGUCAUUGGAGUUUUGAAAAUGAAGUGGAGGAUGUUGGAGAAGAUCCCUAGUUAUGAUCCUCGUAAACAGGCACAAAUUAUAGUUGCAUGUUGUGCGCUACAUAACUUCAUUAGGAAAAGUGGCAUACGUGACAAGCACUUCGAUCGUUGUGACUGUGAUGAGAACUAUGUGCCGCCACAAGCUAGUGACGAUCAACCUGAGACCGAAGAAGUGUUUGAUGAUUGUGAUCUGAUGAAUGCAUUUCGUGAUUCCAUUGCACUUGCUUUGGUACACGGUUCUUGAAUUUUGUUUGUCAUUUGGAACAUGCGUAUGGACUGUCAUGUAUGCGGCUGAUGUGUAUGUUUGACAACUUAUUUGUGGAUUUCUAUUGCUUGCAUAAUUGUUGACUGCAUUUGUAAUGUGCUACUGUUAUGGAGGAUGUAAGCCAAGAGAUUUAUGUUGUAUGUCA